AUGUCGUCGUUCUGUGUGACCGCAUCGACCCGCAAGGCUCGACGCAAGGAAGAGCGCGAACGCAAGAAACAGAACAAGCGAGCUCACAAGCAGGCGCAACAGGAACAACAGAACAAGACCAAAAAGAGCAAGAAGACUACUGCCAGUGCCACUAGUAGUGCCGCUACUGGUAGUGCUGACAAACCGGACGACAAGAAAAAGCGCAAAGCAGUUCCUCUGGAACAACGUGCCGUUGGAAAAAAGGCCCGUCGCACUCCCACAUAUCAUAGUCACCAAGAACCCUACGCCAAUCUACCCCCCGAAGUCGCCGCGGCCAUGCGUCGUGACGAUGACGAAAUUGCCGAUUUGGAGAAAAAACUGGGACUGACCAGUGGCGGCGGAAGUAAAAGCCGCUUGAAUCAAGAAUAUGCCAAGAAAGAAUGUUUUGGGGAAGAUUUUGGUUCCUUUCUGGACGGUCUAGAUGCCAUGGUCCAUCGCGUCAUGGCACCCAACAGCAACAGCAACAACCAUGACAGUGAUGAUAGUAGUGACAGCAAUAGUAGUAGUGAUGAUGAUGACUCUGACAUUGAGAAGGAGCCAUUGUCAGACGAUGGGAAUACAUCGGAUAGCGACAAUGUGGAAAAAGAAACCACAGAGUAA